AUGUCAGAUAGAGGAGACCACGGAGGCGAUGAUUUGUCACUUCCUAAAGCAACUGUCCAGAAAAUCGUAUCUGAGAUAAUUCCACCAGACCUUGUCUUCUCUCGGGAAACACGUGACGCCUUAAUUGAGUGUUGUAUUGAGUUUAUCAUGAUUUUAACUACUGAAUCCAACGACAUUGCUGAGAAAGAGUCAAAAAAAACAAUUGCAUGCGAGCAUGUUUUAAAGGCCUUGGAAACACUGGGAUUCUACGAUUAUAUUGAACCUAUAAAGGGCGUCAUUGCCCAGCAUAAAGAAGCCCAAAGGGUCCGCGAAAGAAAGGUGGGAAAACUUGAACAAUCAGGACGAAGUGAAGAAGAUUUGAUGCGUGAACAAGAACUCUUGUUUGGGAAAGCAAGAUCAAAACUUCAGAAUAGCCAGCAACAACAACAACAACAGCAACAACAGGAUCCCCCUUCGUCAUCUUAG